AUGGCUCUUGCUUAUAUCAAAGAGGAACAUGGAUGGCCUAAAGCCAGUAUCUCAUCCUGCCCCCACUCGGAUCUCACGCCGAAGAUCAAGAUCGAGGUCAAUCUGAAAGGCGUUGCAAGAACUUGCCUGCUCACUCUGAUCGCCCGUGGAUACGACAACGCCCUCCCCAGACCUAUUCUCGGUGACCCAUACGCGAGAGAAGUCAUGGAGAAACUCAGCAUCCCUGCCAUUCCCAUGACAGAUUUUCAGAAAAGGAGCAUUGUGCUGAGAACAUACCAAUUUGAUCUCUGGACAUCAUCAUUCCUUCAGGAAAACCCCAACACUACGGUCCUCCAUCUAGCAUGUGGUUUUGAUAGUCGCAUGCAACGGGUUAAAUGGGGUGAAAAUACUCGAUGGAUCGAUAUUGAUCUCCCAGAGGUUAUUCAGCUUCGAAAGAAAACUCAACCUAUAUCCUUUCCCGACCGAGAUUAUUCUCUCCUUGGCGUUGACGUUCUUGAAGAAAACUGGAUGCAUGAUCUGGGGGAUGUUUCUGGGCCCGUUCUCGUUAUUAUGGAAGGUCUGCUACCUUAUUUUCGGGAAGAAGAUAUGAACAGGCUUCUACAGAUGAUUUGUCGAACAGUCCCUUGUGGAGAAAUGCUAUUCGAGGGUAUAGGCUCCGCGGCAAUAGAGUUCUUUAAUCGUUCGGGUUGGAUGAACUCUGUCACUGAUAUGAGGGCUAAAUUUCAAUCUUCUCUUGAUGAUCCCGUGGUCUUAGAAGAUCUUGAUCCACAUCUAAAACUAGUCGAGUCAGUUCCUGUUAUACAGGCAUCAGGAGUAGAGAGGUUUCCUUUACUCACUCGUAUAUGGAUGUAUCUUACUUCGUGGUCGGCAAGUGCUAGGGAUUCUGCACGACUACUACGCUUCAGAUUUGGACAGGAAAAGGUAUGA